GAAAGUACAAGACAACUACAAGUUCCCAGCUUUCUCUUCCCAUUUCGAUUGCGGCCAUCUAUGCCAUCAAAAUCGUCGUAGCUUCACUACUCUCUCCCAAUCAUCACUAAGCUCCAACCUCCUCUCUGUCAUCUCCCAUGGCGGCCUUCUUGCGAACGCUGCACCGGCGAAGAACGCGCAAUGCCGCCGCCGCCGCGUUCUUGGCUCUCGCCGUCGUCGUCGUCGUCUUCUUCUUGUCCGUGUUCGUCGCCACGCGGAAUGAGGCUGACAUCUUCUUCAGUGGCGUCGCGGCGGCGAGCUCGUCGUCGCCGGAUUCCUCGUCCGGUGGGUGCAGGGAGCUGCAGGCGCUCGACGGCGAUGGCGCGAGGUGCCGGUAUCUGCGGGCGCACGCGCCGUGCGCGCCGGUGGGGUACGUGGACUACCUCCGGCUGCUGUACUGCGGGUUCGGGCGGGCGCCAUGGCUGGGCUACGCGGCGCUCGCGCUGUGGCUGCUCGUGCUCUUCUACCUCCUCGGCGACACGGCGUCGGCCUACUUCUGCGCCUCGCUGGAGGGGCUCUCCGCCGUGCUCCGCCUGCCGCCGGCGAUCGCCGGCGUCACGCUGCUGUCGCUCGGGAACGGCGCGCCCGACGUGCUCUCUAGCGUCGUGGCGUUCGCCGCGGGGGCACGCGGCGGCGACGGCGGCGGCGGCGGAGGGGAGGAUGCCGGGGAUGUUGGCCUCAGCGGCGUGCUCGGUGGCGCGCUGUUCGUGUCCACCGUCGUCGCCGGCGUGGUCGCUAUCGUCGCCGGGCGUCGCGGUGGUGGCGAGCCGGUGAUCAUCGAGCGGCGCGGGUUCGUGCGCGACGUGUGCUUCCUCCUCGUGGCGCUCUGCUACCUCCUCGCCGUGCUGCUCACCGGCGCCGUCACCGUCUGGUCCGCCGCGUCGUUCCUCUCCCUCUACGCCGGCUACGUCCUCCUCGUCUGGACCUCGCACUGCUGCGCCAACGCCUCCGACGAACUCGAAGUGGACGACACCAAGCAGCCCACCUCCGACCUCGCCGCGCCGCUCCUCGUCGUCGACGACGACGACGCGUCACCGCCUCCACUCCCCGUCUCCUCCUCCUCCAAGCCCACCUCCGCGCCGAGAACGUUCGCGCGCCGCCUCGUCGACCUCCUCCACUCGCCGCUCUACCUCCCGCGACGCCUCACCAUCCCGGACAUCGCGGCGCACCGGUGGUCGAAGCCCACCGCGGUGGCCACCGCGCUCCUCUCCCCGCUCCUCCUCGCCGCCACCACCGCGCCCACCACCACAGCGACCACCCUCCUCGCCGCCACGCUCGCGGGCGCCCUCCUCGCCGCCGCCGCGGCGGCCACCACGGACGCCGCGUCCCCGCCCAAGAGCCGCUCGGCCCGCCUCCCGUGGCUCGCCGGCGGGUUCCUGAUGUCGGUGCUCUGGUCGUACGUGCUCGCGCGGGAGCUCGUCGCGCUGCUGGUCUCCAUCGGCGUGGCGGCCGGCGUGGAGGCCGGCGUGCUGGGCGCGACGGUGCUGGCGUGGGGGAACUCGCUGGGCGACCUGGUGGCGGACGUGGCGCUGGCGACGCGGCGCGGCGACGGCGGCGCCGGGGCGCAGACGGCGGUGGCGGGGUGCUACGCGGCGCCGGCGUUCAACACGGUGGUGGGGCUGGGGCUGUCGCUGACGGUGGCGGCCGGGGCGCGGCACCCGGAGGCGUACGCGGUGGAGGGCGGGGCGGCGGUGUACGUGGCGGUGGGGUUCCUGGCGGCGGCGCUGGUGUGGGCGGUGGCGGUGCUGCCGGCGAGGGGGAUGAGGCUGGACGCGGUGCUCGGGGUGGGCCUCCUCGUCAUCUACUUCGUCUUCCUCUGCGUCAGCCUCGCCAUUCUCACGCCAUUGCCUUCACCACAUUAACUUCAUUUUUCUUCUUUGCAAAUUGAAUUGCAAAGAUGAUGAUGGUGAUGAUGCUAGAUUGGUUGGGUUGGUUGGUGUCAAGUGUUAAUUUGGGUGAUUAGUUAUUAAUUAAUUGCAUGGUAUUUUGUUCAUGCAGAAUUGGGAAGAUGAAAUGCUUUGUAGUAGUAUAUGACUUGUCAUGAAAUGUAAAUAGAAGAGCACAUAUAGAUGCAAUGAAAUAAUGCAUAGUAGUACUAGCUUUUUCACCGGAAUGGUUGAAUAGUGAGAUGAUUUGUAAUAAUUAUUCGAGCAUAUAGAUGAACAAUUUAAAUACCAUAAAGUUAUAAAAAUGAAUAUGAGAUAGUUUGCUAUA